AAUAAGCUUUUAACAAAAUAUACUUAAUGAUAACAAUAACACUCGUAAAAUAUAAAUGUUUCAAUUUAUAAUAGAAAAAAGCUGUUUUCUUCAUGCCUUAACGCAAAUUUGUAUAGAAAUGAAGGUAAAUAAUGCACGCAACAGCUGAUUUUAAUUGAAUGCGAUCAAAUGGAGAAUUACGUUGAAAUUAAUUUUCGCGAAUACGAAUAUUACGAUAGGCCAAGUAUAGCUUUUAUUCUGAUAACCUUAAAUUACCCAAACAUAAUUUCGCUAAGAAACUGUUAUUAUGUAUGUACCUAACUUAAGUGAAAGAUAAUGCGACGAGUAAAUCUGAAAUACUUUUAAUAUAUAGCACAAAAACAAAAAAGAUUGCUAGACUCUUAUUCAAACUGAAGUCAAAGUCCACUCUUUUGAUUUAUUGGAAUUAACCAUAAUUAAGGUUGAAAAGUAUGAAGACUACGGCAAUAAAUGCCACAACAUCGUUAAUACUGGCUUUUAAAUUGAGCAAAGGUGUCGCGCGACUAACGCAACCUAUUUUAGCAAACCAUUACAAAAAGUUCGUUCCAAUAGUUGGUAUUAACCAAAGUAUCUCCAAAAAUAGAUAUUGCAGCAAUACGUUUGCAGCUAAUAGUAGCAUGAAACGUUUAGAGGGGAAAGUAGCAGUAGUCACUGCAUCCACUGAUGGUAUUGGUUUUGCUAUAGCAAAACGUUUAGCUCAAGAAGGUGCCAAUGUGGUGAUAAGCAGCCGCAAGCAGAAUAAUGUUGAUAGAGCUGUAGAGGAAUUGUGUAAACUGCAAUUGAAUGUUGUUGGUUUAAAGUGUCAUGUUGGCGACGCAAAAGAUCGCAAAGAAUUGUUUGAGGGUACCAUACGAAAAUAUGGUAAACUUAAUAUAUUAGUAUCAAAUGCUGCAACAAAUCCAGCGGUUGGUGGUGUCUUAGAUUGUGACGAAAGAGUUUGGGACAAAAUUUUCGAUGUUAAUGUCAAGUCUUCAUAUUUACUGGCUAAAGAAGCCUUGCCAUGGUUACGCAAAGAGAAAAAUUCUAACAUUGUGUUCGUCUCCUCUAUAGCCGGUUAUGAUGCCUUUGAGCUAUUGGGUGCUUAUUCUGUUAGUAAAACUGCUCUCAUUGGCUUAACUAAAGCGGCUGCGAAAGAUUUAGCUUCGGAAGGUAUACGAGUAAAUUGCUUAGCGCCCGGUAUUAUAAAAACGAAAUUUUCAAAGUCGUUAUACGAAUCGAAAACGGCUGAAGAGAUGGUCUUAGCUAGAAUCCCAAUGCGUCGUUUGGGUAUGACGGAAGAAAUGGCUGGUAUAGUAGCUUUUUUGGUAUCUGAUGAUGCCAGCUAUAUUACUGGUGAAAGUAUAGUGGCAGCUGGUGGUAUGUGUGCACGAUUAUAAUUCCAUAAGCAUUAUUAUAAAUCGUCUUAAAUGGUUAUUAAACUAUAUAAUACAU